CAACUCUCAACGCGCUUCAGGUCUCUCGCUCAGUCGUCAACUCAGUGCUCAGUCCGUGAGUGUGUGAGUGUGUGCUUCCUCUCUCCGUCUGUCACCCACAAUUAGAACGGCACGGCUAUACUAUCGUCGUGUCUGUGGUCACCGUUCAAUGUCACGGUUACUGUCUUCAUCUGAAUUUUCAACAACAGUGAUAGUCUUUAACAUUUUGUGAUGACUGUCCAGAAGCUAUCAGCACCAGACGGUGGAUGGGGGUGGUUGGUGGUGUUAGGAUCAAGUUUGAUUAAUUUAGCUACAAGAUCAAUCGAACCAUCUUUCGGACUUCUUUUUGGUGAUCUCCUGAAAGAGUUGGGUGUGGCUACCACUGGUGCUUCUAUAAUCAUGAGUACACUCGAUGCAAUCAUCAAUUUUUCAGGAUUAUUUGUUGGCCCAUUGAUCAAGAAGUAUUCGUUCCGAAAAGUUGGACUGUUUGGAGUUGUAUUGAGCAGUAUUGCAUUGAUUUCAACAUCGACGGCCACUAGUAUGACGCAUAUCAUUCUUACUUAUAGCAUUUUAGGAGUGAUCCAAUGAGUUGAAAGUCAGCAAUAUCAUCUUGGAUAUAGCCUAGGCCUUCUAGCGGCGAUGACAUGAGAACAGGACUUGGGUUUGGCCUAGCGACGGCUGCUACGUUUGUGGCGUUGAACGCGUACUUCGACAAGAGGCGCGGCCAAGCGGUCGGCCUGGCGAUGGCGGGGACCGCGUUUGGCUUCAUGGCGAUGCCGCAGCUCAUCAGUCGCCUGCUGGAGGAGUAUGACUUCCGCGGCACCCUCUUCAUCCUCGGCGCUCUCUCGCUCAAUGGGCUGGUGGGCGCCUCCCUCCUGCAGCCUGUCACUUGGCACAUGAAGGCUUCCAAACCGAAUGUGCCGCUCAUCCGUGAAGAGCCUGCACCUGCUCAGGACCUCCAAGAGGAGGCUGACAAGAAGGCGCACAUGUGUCUGCGAGUGAACUCCGAGAAGGAGAUGUCGUCGCAGCAUAGUGCGCUGCUGGGCUCGAGCAUAGUGCGCAAAACGAGCGUAGCCAGCGACAUGCACCGCCAGAUGAGCAUGACUAGCACCACCGCCUUACAGAACCGUAGCGUGGCUGGCGACCUGCACAGACAGAUGAGCAUGACAAGCACCACUGCCAUGCAGAACCGACUCAACGCCAUCGCGAUGCCUCGCAACGUGUCUGUAGUGUCCAUCGCAUCCAAGAAGCGUAAGCAGUCGGUCAUAUCUAACGUGUCCCACCUCGAUCUCAUGGCCAGCACUACGCACAUACAUUUUUAUGCAGGCAGCGAUGAUGAAUUGGAUGCCAGCAGUAAAAAUCUGAGGAAGUCAUGCGACUUGAAGAACGGAUCAGUGAUCGGUAGCUCCAAGCUGACUGCAACGGUCAAACAAGGCUGCUGGGCCAAGAUCGCUCAUCUGAUGGAUCUCGAUCUACUCAAAGAUGGAAUCUACCUCAACAUACUCUUCGGUUUGUCGAUCACCUACAUCGCCGAGAUGAACUUCAAACUGGUGAUACCAUUCUUCAUGGCCAACAUGGGCUACUCGAAACGGGAAACUGCCAUGGCUCUCUCCAUAAUGGCUACGGCGGACAUCACAGCUCGAGUGACUGUUCCUCCAAUCCUGGACAGAAGCUCGUUUUCUAGGAGGAAAACACUCAUGCUUGGCUGUCUUCUAGUUGCUAUUUCCAGAUCAGUUCUGGCAGAACAAACGCAAUGGAUUCCACUAGUAAUAUGUCUUGUGAUACAUGGUUUCUUCCGAGGUGUAGUUCUGAUCAACUUCCCGCUUGUGAUAUCCGAGUAUGUGCCAGUCGACAAGUUUGCCGCUGCCUACGGACUGUCCAUGGUCUCCAAGGGAAUAUUCAUUGUUCUUUUCGGACCAGUUCCUGGAUACAUAAGAGACCUGACUGACAGCUACCCGAUCUGCAUCCACGUUCAGUCUUUCAUGAUUUUGUUGUGCAUCAUUGCCUGGUCAAUUGAGAGCGUUCUCUGCUGGCGACAGAUCGAAAUGGACAAAGAACAAGAUGUGGCUGAUAUGACCUAACACAAUCAAACUUAGUAUAAAGUAAAUUUGCUAUUGUAUAUGUAUUAUUAUAGAUCAACACUUUCGUCAGAAAGGAGUUGCAUCUACUUAAAGUCUCAGGAUGUUGACCGAGAAUGAGGGAACAAAAUAUAAUUUAUUAAUAAGCUUUUUAACUAUUAAUCAAGACUGAAAAGUAUUAUAGAUUAUAUUAAACUUAUUUCAUGAAUGAUAAAUGAAUAAUUGAUCAACUACCGUAAACUUACAUUUGAAAUGAUUUGACAACAAAUAUGCCAACAGGUCGAUUCAUCAUUACCUACAAAUGAAAGAUGAAUCAACUUUUUAAGACCUAUAUGGAAGGCUAUUAUUUCAGCAGUUCUAUACGGUACUCAACUACGAUUUGGAAUUGCAACAUGCUACCAUGAGUUAUGAAACAUGUUCAAAGGAAUACUCUAAUUAAAUGUUGAUGGGAACGAGCCUUAGGCAAGAAUUUAUAAAUUACCAAUAUUUAUAAUGAGAAGGUAUUUUUUCAUAAACCUUGAUAAGAUUCUAUCUCAAAUCCCACUGUACGCAUCUUACUUAAUAAUAUUGAUGAAAAAUUCAUCCAAAAUUUACUAGCUACAUUGUGCUAAGGGCAUUGAUGGGGUGAUGAUGAAUUUAGGAAUAGGGAAUACAUAGUGACUUAAAAUAAUCAAGGCAAAUCGAUUUUACUAAGGCUACUGACUUACAAUACUGUAAAUAACUGUGUUGAGCUAGUAACUAUAAACUAUUUUCUUAAGGAAAAGUUCAAUUCCUAGAUAUAUUUUUUCUAAUUGAACUCGGGGCAUACUGAAGAUCAACUGUAUUUAAUUGUAAAAGAGUCAAAAUAAUGUCUUCUCAACUGCCAAUAGGGAACUCAGGCACCAUAUAAUUCUACUAUAUGGACUGACAAUGACAAUUCAUUCACAAGCUUCCAAUAAUAUGAAUUAUAUUUUGUUAGUGUUAGCGUCUGCAUUAAAGAUUGUUCAGGAGAGAUUGUUUAUAGUGAUGAGAGAGGUGAUCAUUUAUAUGUGCGCAUACUAUACGUAGUGAUUCAUUGAUUAUAUUUGGUGGAUUCACUGAUGAGAUGAAAUUUAUAAAAGUCUGCAACCACCUUAGUUUUACAAACUGAUUACAUGCUCUGCAUUAAAUACUUGAUUUGGGUUUAAGAUGUGUUAUCCUAGGACAGUUACGACGAUCCAUACCAUUUUCUAUCGCCAUUUCUCCAGCCUUUCAGUUUCUGAGGGUCAAAACGUUCCUAGGAUUAUGAAUACACCAGGGCACAACACUUGUACUUAAUCUUAGAUUACAAGUAUUGUAAAUUACUGAGACUGAUAUAUUUGUGUAGGAGUGUAAAUUUUGUGUACAUGAUUGAGUUUCCGAUUGGGUACAUCAACUCAUUGUAAAAUAUUAUUUUUCUGUGUAAUGAAUUAUCAUUUCGAAUACGUAAAUAAAUGGCAUUUUAUAAGA